AUGGCAGGAACAGUGAUUCUUUUUCUUGUAUAUUUCGGAACGUGGAAUGUGAUCGUCCAAACCCUUGCAUGGACUUCUGGUGAAGUAAAGGAUUACAUUCAAAACGAAUUCUUCAAGAUUUAUGGCAUAGAAUCGCCUGACGUGGUGAACAUUUUCUCAUUGUUAUAUGAUGAAGGCUCUUCAGAAGUUAUCCUCCGCUCCUGGGUGGCUCUUAUCAGCUUAUCCAUUAUUUCCGUGUCAACUAUUCUAUCAUAUUUCAUUCUCGGCUACCUGACCAUCAAAAAACUAAACGAACACGCAAUUCAAGUCAGCCAAAAAACCGCGAAGCUCCAAAAAGAUCUCCUGAAAGCACUUUCCGUUCAAACUAUUAUCCCAAUAUGUAUCAGUUUCUUCCCAUGUGUCAUUUGUUGGUACAGCCCCAUUUUCAAUAUUCAUUUUGGGAGAUUCCUCAACUGCCUCGAAGUCAUCGCCCUCUCCACAUUCCCAUUCUGUGAUCCCGUUGCCAUCGUUCUCUGCCUACCCGCACUUCGAAAACGAGUAUUUUCUGGAAAAUCGAGUAGCAUAUCAAUGCCAGGAUUGAAUUAA